AUGCCGCUGGAACGAGAUGCUGAAGGUCGAACCUACGUUGUCCACCCGAAUGGUCAACGAACACAUUAUAUUUGCGACGACUUCACAGAUCCUUGGAAACCUCGAGAAACAAUCUUGAUCCAACACGGGUUCGGCCGACAUGCGAAUUUCUGGUACCAUUGGGUCCCGGUCUUGUCCAGCAAAUUCCGUGUGAUCCGACGCGAUCUACGCGGCCAUGGCUACUCGAGCUUUCCAUCUCCAGAAGAGAAGCAGAAAUAUCUGUACGAUCUUAAUACUAUUAUCGGAGAAGUAGUCGAUACACUGGAUCAGCUUGAAAUUGAGAAGGUGCAUUUCCUUGGUGAAUCGACGGGUGGCAUGCUGGGUGAAAUCCUCGCUGCAAAGCAUCCGGACAGACUGUUGAGUCUGACAGUAUGCUCGACGCCAACAUAUCUACCACCGCCUGCUUUGGAACUCUUCGCAUUUGGGCAGAAAGACUGGCCAGCUGCUUGCAGAGAGCUAGGAUCACGAGGUUGGGCCGAAGCACUGUCUCGCAUCCCGGGAACCAUACCAAUAUCUGAUCCUGAGUAUCUUCCGUGGUACCUAGAUCAGAUCGCCAUCAGUAAAGGCGAAGGAUUAGCACAGUACGCUGAGUUUCUUAGUACGCUUGAUGCGCGGCCGUUUUUGCGGGAGAUACAUGUGCCGAUGUUGGUUCUGACCCCGACCGAGAGUGUUGCCGUCAGGGUUGAUGAUCAGAAAGCUUUGGUGGAAGGCAUUGAGAGUUGCAAGUUGGCGCUUGUUGAUGGCGGUGGGCACGAGAUCUAUGUGACUCGAGCUGAAACAUGUCAACGUCUCUUCCUCAAUUUUGUGAGUAGUGUAGUACAAUGA